UAGCUCGUUGCAGUUGUUGCAAGUGAAUAAAUAUGUUGCCUUCAAAACAAUUCAAACAACAAUAGUUAACGCAACGUUUCUAAAACAUUUCUCAAAUAAUUAAACUAAGCAAAAGUAAAUUAAAGAAAAUAAAAAAAAAAACAAAAAAAAAACUUUAACUUUCUUAACCAAAAGUGGCCUGCAAAACGAAGCAACAACCCAGAAAUGUGAUUCCAAGUGCGAAAUGUAACAAAAAACGUAAACAAUUUUGUUUUGGAUAAACAAAAUAGUAAAAACAAAAGAAGUAAACAAAAUUAAAAUAAUAAUCACACAAAUCAAUAACACCAACAACAACAACAACAAAUGGAACUCGCGCGAGCAGCCAUUGUCAAUGAUUAAAACGGAGAGUUAGAUUGAUAGCUCACCACGUCGCCGUCGCCGGACUCGCCGUCGUCUUAGUUAGCAUUAGACGUAGCCACACACACACACACACAUACACACACCUCAACACACACACCCACACACAUCUCUUCAAUGCAGCAGCAGCAGCAGCAGCAACAGUCGCAUCAACAGUUUUUAGAGCAUUAGCCGAAGCACACACAGAGUUCCAGAGCAGCCAGAGCUAGAGAGCGAGCAGCGUACACAUAGCCCGAGGAACAGAGAUAGACAGCAGGACAGUGAGCGAAAGCGAUUUAGCCAACAUGGACAUCAAGAUUGAGCAGCAACAGCAGCAGCAGCAACAGCAGCAGCAGCAGCAGCAGCAACAACAGCAACAGCAACAGCAGCAGCAGCAAACGGAGCUGGGGCCCGUUUCGCCUUCGGAGGUGCCAAAUGAUCCUGGGAAAAUGUUCAUUGGCGGCCUCAGCUGGCAGACCAGUCCAGAGAGCUUACGCGAUUAUUUUGGACGCUACGGCGAUAUCUCUGAGGCAAUGGUCAUGAAGGAUCCCACGACACGCAGAUCCAGGGGCUUUGGCUUUGUCACAUUCAGCGAUCCAAAUAGCGUAGAUAAGGUACUCACCCAAGGCACACACGAGCUGGAUGGCAAAAAGGUGGACCCGAAAGUAGCUUUUCCGCGACGUGCACAUCCCAAGAUGGUGACGAGAACGAAGAAAAUCUUUGUGGGCGGCCUCUCGGCGCCCACCACGCUAGAGGACGUCAAAAGCUACUUUGAACAGUUUGGUCCGAUCGAGGACGCGAUGCUGAUGUUUGACAAGCAGACCAAUCGGCACAGAGGUUUUGGCUUCGUUACAUUUCAAAGCGAAGAUGUGGUAGACAAAGUUUGUGAAAUUCAUUUCCAUGAGAUAAACAACAAAAUGGUCGAGUGCAAGAAGGCGCAGCCCAAGGAGGUAAUGCUGCCGGCAAAUCUGGCCAAGACACGGGCGGCCGGUCGUUCCGCUUACGAUAACAUCAUGUGGGGUCUGGGGACAUUGCCCGAAGGCUUUCCGGCAGCUGCGUAUGCUGCUUAUGCCGCUGGUCGCGGCUAUUCGGGUUAUCCCAGCUUCGGACUACCCUAUCCAACUGUUGAUCUAACCAACGGGCAGCUGACCCCCAACAAUAAUACACCACUACUAACACAGGCUUUGUCAGUGAUGAACAACUAUCAGGCGGCUGCUGCUGCCGCCCACAGCUUCGGUCCGUCGGCCUCGCCUCAUGCAGCGGCCGCCACCACGGCCACACGGCAGGGCUUUCCCUCAACCAACUCGCCCGGACCAACCAUUGACAUGUACAGCUCGGCCGGGGCCGACAAUGUGGGCUACGUACAGGCCACCAGUCCGCAGCCAUCCGGCUUUCCCAUAGCCGUCAGCCGUGCCCCAUUGAACUACAGCCCGGGACCACUAAUUCCUGCGGCAUUUACAAAUGGAUACCAUUAAAAUAAAGGUGGCGCCGAAACAACCGCAAUGACAACAACAA